AUUAUUAUUCAUAUUUCAUUUUGGUUUAAAUGGACAAAAAGUAUUGGGAGUUUAACAGAAAAGAUGAUCUUACAAUUUUGGUUGAAGACGAAGAGCUUUACGUGCAUCGCUUCAUUUUAGCAUCAUGUUCGCCUGUAUUUAAUGUGAUGUUGGAGUCAGAUGAUUUUGUUGAGACAAGUAAAAAUGUAAUACCAUUACUAAACAAAAAAAAAGAAAAUAUCCAAGAAAUGCUAAAUUAUAUAUAUCCUUUUGGAAACAAGAUUUCAGACCAAACUAAUAUCGAUAGCUUGCUAGUUUUAUCACGUGAAUACAGAAUAAAUAAAAUCAAAAAUUUAUGCGAAGAAUAUCUUUUACAAAAAACACCAACUGUUGACUUGUUAAUUACUGCACAAGAGUUUGAUUUGGAAAGACUCAUAGAAAAAUGCAUUGAAUACUUUUCAGAAAAAGCUUUAGAACCAUUGCAAAAUCAUCCAAAGUAUAACGAGCUGAGUAAAGAAAACAAACUGAAACUAGCUAAGGGACAGAAUAUGGUUUUGCGAAAGUUCUUUGAAAAUGCUAAAACUAAAUUUCAUAAUAAGACGAUUUCCUAUAACGGUUAUAUAUACACUAGUAUCGAAAUUGAAUCAAAGAAAAUGAGAAUAAACAAAGAAGAUGAAGAUUAAAUAGAAACUACUGAUAAAAGAACCUCAAAAUGUUUGCACACUCAUUUUAGUUAAAAAGUUGUACAUAGAUUAAGAGACUAACUCACUAAUAAAAUUUUAUUAUGAUUGUUGAAAAAGUUUUUAUUAUAAUUGUUAUUGUUAACAUUGCUAUCAUCGUCAUUAUUAUUGUUACUAUUAUUAUUGUUUUUGUAAGUAUUAUUGUUUUUAUUAUUAUUGUUGCCGAUGUUUUAGCGCGGAAAUAAUGUAAAGAAAGUAUAGGAACGCGAAAAAAAAUUCAACCUCUCUGCCACUUUCAAUAAAGGCUGAAAAUAAGAUAAAUUAUAUUACUAAUGAAUUAACAACUGAACUUAACAAAUAACUUUCAAUAAUAGAUGCAAAUUUGUUAAGGAAAAUCUUUUUGACAAAUUUUAAAUUAAAUGAUGAUCUUGAAUCACCAAAUUCUUUACGUUUUGCAAAUCUAACGGUUGACAAACUCGUUAUAAUUUUUAGAUCAUUUAAAAGAAAUAAAUCAGUAGGAUCUGAAAACAUAGAUGGAUAUUUUGUGAAAGGUUCUUAAAAUGUUAUUAAAGAAAUUCAUAGCAGAUUCUUUUAGGCAUUCAUUAAACAAGAUUCCUCCCGAGUUUUUUUGAAAGCAGCAAAAGUAAGUUCUAACUUUAUGACAGGAAAUACGACUUAUACUCAAAUUACUUUUUUCUGUUUUUCAAAUUGAAGAACAGAAAAAAGUUAUAAUAGAAAGAGUACAAGGUCUAUUCACACGUUUUUCACGUGCCAAUAGACUAUAUUUAAUUAUAGUCUAUUAGCACGU